AUGUUGAGCGAUUUUUGUAUUAGUGAAUCAGCUAUUCGCAAUCGUCCACGAAGAAGAAAAGGUUUAUUGAAGUUAGCUCAUACAGGAAAAGCUGCUUUAAAUAUUCUUGGUUGGACUAUUCAUAGUGCUUUAGGAAUGCGUCCAGAUAAUACAUCCACACCAAACAAUGCUCCUUCAUUUAAAAUUCAUUCUCUUCGAAAUAGACUUGGUGAUUUAAUUUUAAUAAUUAUUGAUGAAAUCUCACUUGUCUCACAUAGUCUUUUUCAAAAGGUGAACAAACGGUUAAACGAAAUAUUUGAAGUAUCCGAUAAAAGUGGUGUUUAUUUCGGAAAUAUUCCAGUUUUAUUAUUUGGAGAUCUUGCACAAUGUGAACCAGUUGCUGCUAAACAAAUUUUUUGGCGAGCUCCUGGUGAAACAUUCUCUCUUUGGGGUGAUUUAUUUCGACCCAUUAAUUUUAAUAUAAACAUGCGACAAGGUGAAGAUAGGCAAUUUUUUGAUAUUCUUUCUCGGAUGAGAUUAGGUGAAUAUAAUCAAGAUGAUGAAAUAAUAAUAAAAAGUAGAAGUAUUAGAAAAGAAGAUAAUUCAAUACAUUAUAAAGAUCGACUAGCCGAGCUACAUUCACCUGAUUUUGCGAAUGCGAUAUACGCAUAUAGUAUACGCUCUAAAACAAAUGAGAGAAACUCUAUUAAAUUGAAAGAAACUGCAACGAAAAUGAAAAAACCAAUUUGGAUUAUUCAAUCAAUUGAUAAAGUUGGUAUGGCUCGAACAUCAUUUUUUAAUCCUGUUAAAGCAAGUAAAAAGGGAUGUAAAAUACAAUUGAAACCUUCCGAUGAUGAAAACGAAUGUGGAUCUAUGUUUGAACAGCUGCCCCUUUGUAUUGGAGCUCGUGUAAUUUGUCGACGUAAUAUUGAUUUUGACGGUGGAAUGGUGAACGGGACUGAGGCAACGGUGAAAGAUAUAGUAUGGGAUGACAAGGAUAAUAUUAUAUUACCAACGUCUAACCGAUGCAUAUUCCCAAAUCUAGAUCGAGCAAUGACAGUAACAUUACCAAAACAGAUUGAGCUUGAAUUAGAUAAUGGUUCAAUUUAUAAAAUGCUUCCUGACGAAGUUAGUUUCAAAGAUAAAAAUGGAAUUUGGAUGGCACGACGACAAUUUCCACUUAGUCUCGGUUAUGCAAUAACAGUUCACCGUUCACAGUGCAUGACAUACAAUAAAUUAGUUGUUGACCUGACCGGUAUCAAUUGGAAGCCCGGUAUGUUUUAUACAAUUUUGAGUCGUACACGAAAAUUGACUGAUAUUAUCAUCUUGGCAUAUGAUCGAAAAUCUUUCAAAGUAUCCAAACCUGCAAUGGAUGAAAUGCGUCGUCUUGAAAUGAUAGAAAAAAACUAUCCGAUUAAAAUUGAACAUUAUUUGGCAACUGAGAGAUAUAUUGAUUGGUGUCUUCCAAACUUAUGUGAAGACGAUCAACUUUCAUUAAAAUCAUCAAAUACGGAUACAGAACCAUCAUCAAAACGUCGUCAUCUCAAACGUGUAACAUAUCAAACUUCAAAUUUAGAUGUAGCAGAAGCUACAAGAAAACCUGAACAUCUGAUUAUCUGUGAGAGACAGGAACAACUGUUUUGUGGACGACAUGUUCUUCGAGCUCUUUCACAAACACUUGAUCUAUUCGAUGACGAUUACUUGAAAGAAGUCGCUCAAAACAUAGCAGCAACUGAACAAAUAAAUCGACAUGGAGAAGCAAUACAAUUGACCGAAUAUUAUUAUGAAAACACCGGAGAAUAUGAUAUUCAAGUGCUAAAAGCCGCUCUUAUGAAUAUCUUUAACAUUGAUCUUAUACAAAUUGGUACAUUACAGCCGAACAGUCUGAUUCUAUCUCAUAUUAAACAUGUUCAAGCAUUCCUUAUUCAACAAAAUUACCAUUAUUAUUGUUUACGUCGUUUCCGUUUAACAGAAGAUUAUUUUUUCAAGAUAGAUUCCAAGAAUCCAACGUAUCAUGAACCUAUUCAUCGUGAUAAUAUAUUAAACUUUCUCAAAAGCCUUCUCGAACAUGGUUCCAAUAUUUACGUUACCGUACAAUAUAUUUCCGAUGCUAUAGAAGAUGAAAUUACUACAGAUAAUAUUAAAACAAGACUUUGGGCUCUACCAGAUGCACCAGCGGAUCGUGAAGCUCUCGUUAACAUUUAG